AUGACCACGGGCGUGUUCCGCUACCUCGACCCGGCCACAGUCGAGCCCGGCAGCAAGCCGUGGUCCAAGGUCGACACGGACGCCGCAAACUCGUACGCCCGCACCGAGCGGCGGCGCUCCGUCUCCGACCUGCGCCCGUUCCUCAGCGGCGACGCCCCUGCCGCCCCGGGCUUCGCAACCGACAUCGACGUCGCCGGGUUCGCUGUCCACCACGCGCCCGCCCGCGAGCGCCUCUUCGUCGACGACGCGGCCGUGCGCAACGGCUAUUAUGCCGAGGUAGAGGCGCUGCUGCGUGCCAAGCUGCCCGGCAUCCACAAAGUCGUCAUCUUCGACCACACCAUCCGCAAGCACGACCCCGCCGCGCCGCGCCAGCCCGUACAGGGCGUGCACGUCGACCAGACUCCGGGCGCCGCCGCAGCGCGUGUGCGCCGACACGUCCAGCCCGCUGCCGAGGCCGAGGAUCUCCUGCGCGGCCGCUUCCAGCUCAUCAACGUGUGGCGGCCCAUCGGGCACGCCGCGUCCGACUUCCCGCUGGCCGUCGUAGACUGGCGCACCACAGACCCUGCAGAUCUCGUGGCUGUCGACUUGCUGUACCCCGCGGCGCGGACCGCCGACCCCGCCAACCCCGCCGACGACGACGACAGGGGCAAGGAGCAGCUGCCCGACCCGGCCAGCGCGGCGUCGACGGCCGGCUACGAGAUCCGCGGUGAGACGUAUUCUGUCGCGCCUAGCCCCCGCCACAAGCUCUACUACGUCAAGGACAUGGCGCCCGACGAGGCCAUGUUCAUCAAGUGCUUUGACAGCUGGAGCCAGGGGCAGCCGGCCGGCCGGGACGGCGUCGCCGCGCUGACGCCCCACACGGCCUUCAUCGACCCCGGCACGUCGUCCGACGCCAAGCCCAGGGAGAGCAUCGAGGUGCGGUGUCUGGUGUUUUACGAGUGA